GAGCGCAAACAGUUGACUUGCAUUCAUUCGAUCGGCAACUUUCCAAGAGAACGCAUCGCGGAGAGAAAAAUAGUAGAGAGAGAGAGACAGAAGGAUUUCCAGUGUAAAGAUCGUUAUUAAUUUUACUACAAUAUACAACAAGAAGAGCAAAGAAUGGCCGAUACCAGGAGCAGUUUAAAGAUCCUUUUCCAGGGCGAGACCAGCCUCAUCUCCUGCGAAUCCUCAAGCACCUACGAAGAGGUCAUCUCCCAAGCAAUGUCCCGCUUCGCCAUUCCGGAGACCCAAAGGAAAGCCCUAAUCCUGACCAACGGCAAGGACUACGUGUUCGAGGCGCAUUUGCUGGAGUACUUCCUACUUCUGUUUCCCAGCCCGGAGAUCACCUUUCACCUGAAGUUUGACUGGUCAAAGAUGCGCCGCAGUCUCGGACAGACCGAGUCCCUUAAGCGAAAGCGUCUAGUGGACUCAGAGCAAACUGAGGGCCAGAAGGAGGAGGAUCAAGAAAAGGAGGAUUCAGUGUUGGAGUACAAGCCGGUGCCCGUCUACCGGAUGAAUUGCUUCCUGGGAUCGCUGCCCACUGCCGGCGCCAUGCCUGUGCAUCGUCAGAAUUGCUUUCUCAGGGAACAGUCUCAGCAGCAGCUGGAUGAGAUCUCCAUACCUCGGCUGCAGGAGGAAGAUGACCAGCAGAAGGAGCCACCCAUGAAGCGUCUGCGCGUGGACGUCUGUGCCAAGCCCAGACGCACUGCGUCCACGUCAGUAGGUCCGUCCCCCGUUCCUGUCAUGCGCUCGAUUCGCAUCUAGGUCGAAAAUCAAAUAUUGUACAUAGCUCUAGUACGUAUACGAUACUCCAACUAAAUGUAGUCCUAAGCUAAAAGGUUGAACCAAUGUUCCUAAGUCUUACACUUUACUUAUCGCACCAAACAAACGUCCAAACCAAAUGUUAUACUAUGUAAAAUAACCAUUUUUGUUGAUAAUUUUAAGCUAUGUGAAAGCUACAUACUUUAGUUCCUAAGCUAUCUUCUGGCCUAUUAUGAGUUAAGAUUUAAUUAACCGCCUUUGUACACUUUUACUUCUCAGAUAUACCAUUUUAUAACUAUUGAAUUCAUUGCUUCGCAACUUUCUAUUUUAUACAAAUUACUUUUCCACUUAAUUACAUGAGUAACUAACUGAAAAACCAAUGU